AUGGCUCCUCGGAAACGUGGCGGCGGCGGCGGCAGCCGUGGUGGCCUCUCUUUCAUCUUCUGCUGUUUUAACAGCAGCGAUCACCCCGAGAUCACCUACAGGCUCAGGGAGGACUUUGCCCUUCAGGCCAUGGAGCCGGCUCUGCCGAUGCCAGGAUAUGAUGAGCUGGAUGGCAUGUUCUCCGAGUUGGUGGACGAGCUUGACCUUUCAGAGAAACACAGGGAAGCCAUGUUCGCCCUGCCCGCAGAGAAGAAAUGGCAAAUCUACUGUAGCAAAAAGAAGGAACAAGAAGAAAAUAAAAGUGCAACUAGUUGGCCAGAAUACUACAUUGAUCAGAUCAAUUCAAUGGCAGCUAGAACGACGCUCCUCGCUCUGGAGAAAGAAGAUGAGGAAGAGAGGAACAAAACCAUCGAGAGCUUGAAGACUGCUUUAAGGACACAACCUAUGAGAUUCGUGACCCGCUUUAUCGACCUGGACGGCCUGACGUGCAUCCUAAACUUCCUGAAGACCAUGGACUAUGAGACCACAGAGUCGCAAAUCCACACGUCCCUGAUUGGUUGCAUCAAAGCUCUAAUGAACAACUCGCAGGGCCGCGCCCACGUCCUCUCUCACUCCGAGAGCAUCAACAUCAUCGCUCAGAGCCUGGCCACAGAGAACAUUAAGACUAAGGUGGCGGUGUUAGAGAUAAUGGGCGCUGUGUGUCUAGUGCCCGGUGGACACAAAAAAAUCCUGGAGGCCAUGCUGCACUACCAGCGCUUUGCUUGUGAGAGAACGAGAUUUCAGACGCUUAUAAACGAUCUGGACCGGAGUACAGGGCGAUACAGGGAUGAGGUCAACCUGAAAACAGCCAUCAUGGGCUUUAUAAACGCGGUUCUGAGUCAAGGCGCUGGAGAGACAAGUUUGGAAUUCCGUAUCCACCUGCGAUAUGAGUUCCUCAUGUUAGGGAUCCAACCUGUGAUCGAUAAGCUACGCUCUCAUGAAAAUUCUACAUUAGACAGGCAUUUAGACUACUUUGAGAUGCUGCGGAAUGAGGAUGAGCUGGCUUUGUCAAAACGGUUUGAGUCGGUACAUAUAGACACUAAAAGUGCCACCCAAGUUUUUGAUCUCAUCCGCAAAAAGAUGAACCACACUGAUGCACACCCGCACUUUAUGUCUGUCCUGCAUCACUGUCUCCUCAUGCCACACAAGAGAAGUGGUAACACGGUGCAGUACUGGCUGCUGCUGGAUCGGAUCGUCCAGCAGAUUGUCUUGCAAAACGACAAAGGUCACGACCCCGACGUCACACCACUGGAGAACUUUAACGUGAAGAACGUUGUCCGGAUGCUGGUCAAUGAAAAUGAGGUCAAACAGUGGAAAGAGCAGGCAGAGAAAAUGAGAAAAGAGCACCAUGAGCUGCAGCAGAGGUUUGACAAGAAGGAGCGUGAAUGUGAUGCAAAGACUCAGGAGAAAGAGGACAUGAUGCAGACACUCAACAAGAUGAAAGAGAAGCUGGAAAAAGAGACCACAGAGCACAAGAAUGUCAAACAGCAUGUGGCCGAACUCACCGCCCGACUGCAUGAACUCAGCACCAGACAGGCAGCUGUCGUUCCUGGCGGUCCUCCCCUCACCCCCGGUCCCCCCGGGGGUCCUCUGCCUCCCCCACCGCUGCCAGCUUUUGCUGGUAUGUGCCCACCUCCCCCACCGCCUCCUGGGGGCAUGAUGCCUCCUCCACCUCCCCCGCCGCCUCCUCCAGGUGGACCCCAACCUUCCGGACGGCCACCCGUUGGCGGCAUCCCUCCCCCGCCAGGAGCUCCCCUAGGACCCUCCCUGAAGAGGAAGAACAUUCCCCAGCCAGCCAAUGCGCUCAAGUCCUUCAACUGGGCCAAGUUAGCUGAGAAUAAACUGGAGGGCACGGUGUGGAUGGAGGUGGAUGAUGCCAAGGUUUUCAAAAUCCUGGAUCUAGAGGACAUUGAAAAGACCUUCUCAGCCUAUCAGAGACAGCAGGACUUCUUUCUGAUCAAUAACAGCAAACAGAAAGAGGCAGAAGACGACACGCUGAGCUCUAAAAAAGUCAAGGAGCUGUCAGUCAUUGAUGGCCGUCGAGCUCAAAACUGCAACAUCCUGCUCUCGCGGCUGAAGCUUUCAAAUGAGGAGAUGAAGAGAGCCAUUCUAACCAUGGACGAACAGGAGGACCUUCCCAAAGACAUGCUGGAGCAGCUGCUGAAGUUUGUCCCAGAGAAGAGUGAUGUGGAUCUUCUGGAGGAGCACAAACAUGAGCUCGACCGGAUGGCAAAACCAGACCGCUUCCUCUAUGAGAUGAGCAGAAUAAACCACUACCAGCAGAGGCUGCAGUCUUUAUACUUCAAAAAAAAGUUUGCAGAGAGGAUAGCUGAGAUCAAACCCAAAGUUGAAGCUCUGAGCCGGGCGUCUAAGGAGGUUUUACACAGCAGGAACUUGAAGCAGCUUCUGGAGGUGGUGCUGGCCUUUGGAAACUACAUGAACAAGGGUCAGAGGGGGAAUGCUUACGGCUUCAAGGUGUCUUCCCUUAACAAGAUCGCUGAUACCAAAUCCAGUAUCGACAAAAACAUCACUCUCCUGCACUACCUGAUCACCAUCCUGGAGAAGAAAUACCCCAAAGUCCUGAUGUUCCAGGAGGACCUGCAGAGUCUGUCAGAGGCGGCCAAAGUCAACAUGACUGAGCUGGACAAAGAUAUAGGCAACCUGCGCAGCGGCUUGAAAAGUGUGGAGAGUGAGCUUGAAUACCAGAAGAAUCGACCGCAGGAGCUGGGAGACAAGUUUGUGACGGUGGUGAGUCAGUUCAUCACUGUGGCCAGCUUCAGCUUCUCUGACGUGGAGGAUUCUCUCACCGAGGCCAAGGAACUGUUCCUGAGGGCAGUAAAGCACUUCGGUGAGGACGCCGGUAAGAUCCAGCCAGAUGAGUUCUUUGGCAUCUUCGACCAGUUCCUGCAGUCGUUCGCUGAGGCUCAGCAGGAGAACGAGAAUAUUCGGAAACGCAAAGAGGAGGAGGAGCGCAGGUCAAAAAUGGAAGCUCAGCUAAAAGAGCAGAGGGAGAAGGAGCGAAAGGCCCGGAAAGCGAAGGCCAACGGAGAGGACGACGGCGGCGAGUUCGACGACUUGGUGUCGGCGCUGCGAUCGGGCGAGGUCUUCGACAAGGACUUGUCCAAGAUGAAACGCAACCGCAAGCGCAUCAACAGCCAGACCACCGACGCGAGCAGAGAGCGACCGGUCACGAAGCUCAACUUCUAAGCGGGGUUGAGGUCAUCACUCUGGUCUGGCUCAUCAUUAGUGCUCAUCAUUAGUUAAACCUCUGGGUCGAACUGACAUGCACAUUCCUCUGCACCCUCCUCCAUUCCCACCCAGCUCGGCCACAAAACACAGACCUUUCAUCCUGAGAUUUUCAUGUUAAGCGGAGCAGAUGCCAAAGGUUGUUGCUAACGACUAAAUCUAAAUCAUUCCCCCUGGAGGAUCAGUUUGGUCAAAUGAAAAAAUGAAAAGAAAAAAAAAAAGGUUGUGCAAGAGCAAGAUGUUUUCUUCGCCGGAGGAAAGUUUCCAGGUGUAAGAGAUGCUCACGCUUGUUUGAUAGGAAGCGUUCUGUGCUGUUUUUGUACGUAAGAAUCUAUGCACAGAGUGAAAACGCGCAGCCAGCAGACUCCUUUAGGGCUUGAUGCUCGAUCCAAACAGGAGGAGGAUUCCUUUAAAAACACAAGGGGCCAUUUUGUACGGACUGAUUUCAUAGAUUGAGAGAGGCUGCUUAGUAGUUGAAAGUUGUUGGAGAAAGACUGAAUCUGAACUUCCGCUGAACGCUGCUGUUUUUCUGCAGUCAGAAGCAUAACAGAACUGAGACACUGCGUUGUAGACGGACGUGGUUUUGGCGGCAAGUGACGCAGCUGAGAGGUUUCUUUUCUAUUCAUCAUUAUUGACGUGCAGCAUUUAUAUAUCUGGUCACUGUAUGUUUUAUUUGAACUUUUUCCUGUUAAGAGCUGGCCUUAACGCUGUUGUUUUAAUUGUUGAGUGGGUACUCUUUAAGGCCUGGGCCUAGUCUGCAAUUUCUCAACAAGUGUGGACACUCGUGUCAUAGAUUACAUAUAUCUAUAUAUACGGUUGCGUGCUUGUUACACAUGCACAUAUAAAGUCAUAAUUACUAUGCUAAAUGCCAUUAAAACAGUACCCAGUGGAUGCAAUAAACUUGCUUUUCCUGUCUGAAGGGAGUGUCCUCCUUUACGUUUCUAUUGAUUAGACAAAAUAUGUUUUCUGUACACUGGCUGGAUUUACACAGCAAAAACAAAAGAACUGAUUUUACCCUCUGCGUGAUCCACGUUUGAUGUUUUCAUUGUUGUAUAACACAUCACAUGUGGACGUGAAACCCUUUGACUUUAAUUUUUCCCCUCAGCUGCCUGAAUCCAUCCAGUGCCAAACACCUCCAUUAGACUUUUUAUAAUUUAAUUAUUUUGCCUUCCAUUGUACAAUGACCUGAUAAUAAUAAAUGGGAGAAAAC